AAAUUUGGGGGAAAGAAUACUGAGUGAAUGUAGUACUUUUAUAAAAAGUUCUUAGCACUGUAAAAGUAGUGUAUUGCUUAAACAAGGCGAAGCGUACCCUCUCCUCUUCUCCUCUUCAUUCGCUAACGAAGAAGCAAUCAGAUUCAGCGAAUUAGGGGAUCAUGAGCUUAGACGGGUACACGGUGGAAGUCACUAACCUAUCCGGGAGAGCUACUGAAAGAGAUCUCUACGACUUCUUUUCUUUUUCUGGGGCUAUCGAUCACAUUGAACUCAUCAGAUCAGGCGAGCACGGUUCCACUGCUUAUGUAACAUUCAGAGAACCCCAUGCCUUGGAAACUGCUGUCUUGCUUACUGGAGCUACUAUUGUAGAUCAGCCAGUGUGCAUUUCUCGAUGGGGACAAUACGAUGAACCUUCUAAUUUCUGGGACAGGCCUUCUUGGAGUUUUGAAGAUUAUGAGUCCACGACUGUACAUGCCUGCCAAUUUAGGGCUACCCCAGGUGAAGCUGUGACAGUGGCGCAAGAUGUUGUCAAAACCAUGCUCUCAAGGGGUUACCAACUGAGCAAAGAUGCCCUAAUCAAGGCCAAAGCCUUUGACGAAUCUCAUCAGGUAUCGGCCACUGCUGCAGCAAAGAUUGCUGAUUUAAGUAAGAGGAUCGGAUUGACGGAUAAGAUUAAUGCUGGGAUUGAUACGGUCAAAUCGGUGGACGACCGAUACCAUGUAUCGCAAACCACCAGAUCCGUUGUGUCCACCACAGGGAGAACAGCGGCAAGUGUUGCUAAUUCGGUGGUUAGCAGCAGCUACUUCUCCGCAGGAGCCAUGAUGGUGUCGGAUGCUCUAAACAGGGCUGCAAAGGUUGCAGCUGAUUUGGCCAGCCAUGGUAGCAAGAAGUGAACAAAUAUUGUGUUUGUGCCUAUGCGCUCUUGUGAUGUAAAAUGCUAUGAGCCUACUUCAUCUCGCCUGUGUGAUUUGUAGAUAGUGCAGUUGUACCGGGUCAUAUUUUCGCUAUUAUUAUGGUUUAUUGUAGAUGUAACGAGUAGUUGUUUUGAGGGACUCAUUGGUAAUGAAGUUGCCAAAGUAAAUAGGUCUGUACCUCCUAUUAUAACCACUGAAAAUCAAAAUAUUUUGUGGAAUGUAAUAACAUAUGCGAAAAUAUGCAUUUUACAAAGCUAUUACUGUGUUAGAUGUGCAUGUCUAAUCCUCCAUCAAGUUCUAAUUGCAAACUCAUGUUCUGGUUGUACAUUUAAGACAUUGGGUCUCUCAA